AUGACAUCCAAGAUCGCAAUCGUUGGUGCUACUGGGGAGACGGGAGGCUCAAUUGUCAAUGGCCUCCUCGGAUCUGAAGCCCAAUUUGAAAUUACAGCUUUGGUGCGACCAAGCUCAGUUGAAAAGCCAGCGACCAUUAGCCUCAAAGAAAGAGGCAUUAGAAUUGUGCCGAUUGAUCUUGGAGGGAGCCACGAUGAGCUGGUCUCUGCCCUCACUGGGAUUGACACAGUCAUCUCGGCCAUUCACUUUCAAUCACUUGAUGAUGAGAUUCCAUUGUCAAAUGCAGCCAAGAAUGCUGGUGUGAAGCGAUAUGUGCCCUGCUUCUUCGCCACUAUUGCUCCGCGUGGUAUAAUGGAUGCUCGCGAUAGAAAGGAGGCAGUACUUGACCAUAUCCAGCGGAUCUAUCUUCCCUACACCGUGAUUGAUGUAGGUUGGUGGUACCAGAUCACUCUGCCCCGAGUCCCAUCCGGCAAGCUGGACGAAAGUCUCGUCUUCCCCAACAACAACAUCAUCGCUGGCGGCGACAUCCCUUCUGCGCUCACGGACGUUCGAGACAUUGGGAAAUACGUCGCUGCCAUCGUGAGCGACCCGAGAACUAUUAACAAGAGAGUACUGGCCUACACCGAGACCAAAACGCAGAACGAAGUCCACAAAUUGGUGGCGAAGGUAGUUGGCGAGAAGCCAGAGCCAACUGCUUUGUCAAAGGAACAGCUUGAAGAAAUGCUAGCACCAUUUAAAGCAUCCACAGAACAGAACCAAAUGCGAGCUAUCUACGAGUACUGGAUGUCUUGGGGCGUACGAGGCGACAACACGCCGGAGAAUGCCGUUUACCUUGGCCUCCGAACCAUCAUGUCCAGCCCCAAGUCCCCCAAGAGCGACCAGGGUGCCACGCGAUCGUCGAUGUCACCUAAAUCCCCACAAGACACGUCGCCCCCGAGCGACGCAGGGCAACACCCGACGAAUACGCAGAUCCCAUAUAAUGAAGACGAUGCCGGCGACCAGGACUCUACAUACGACGACGAUGGAAGUAUCGCAUCGUCGACGGCCUCCCUCUCAGAAAGUAUCUUCGACUACCGGAGUCUCCAUGGUCGAACGUUUCAGAACUCAAAAACAACGGAAUAUUGGGGUCCAAAUGACGAGAGACAGAACAAUGGCUUGGAUAUAGCACACCAUUUGAUGGUCAUGCUCAAGGACGACAAGCUGUUCGACGCGCCUAUCACUCGACCGUCGAGGGUCUUGGAUGUAGGCACUGGUACAGGUAUAUGGGCCAUCGACAUGGCGGACGCGUAUCCCUUCGCCGAAAUUACCGGCACUGACAUCAGCCCGAUCCAACCGGCCUGGGUGCCCCCGAACUGCCAAUUCCACAUUGAAGACGCGCAGCUGGAGUGGACAUAUCGCCCUGAGAGCUUCGACUUUGUACAUAUACGCGCCCUCUACGGUAGCAUCAGUGAUUGGGGUGAGUUGUAUCGCCAAGCGUUGCGGUCAUUGGAGCCGGGCGGGUGGAUUGAGAAUAUGGAGAUCAAUAUCCACUUGUACAGCGACAUCCCCGAGGUCAGAGACGAUCCCGACCAUAUCUUCAAGCGCUGGGCAAAGGUAUUCUGGGAGGCAACAGACAUGAUCAACAGGACACUGCGCAUAGCCAUGAAUGGUACGCAACGUAAACUCAUGGUUGAGGCUGGCUUUGUCAAUGUCGUAGAAAAGACGUACCAAGUGCCAUGCGGUACCUGGAGUAGCGACCCAAAGAUGAAGGAGAUUGGCGCAUACAACCUAGCAUUCAUGGAUGAGAGUCUAGAAGGCUUCGCCUUGUUCAUGCUGCGCGAGAUAAUGAAGUGGGAAUACGAGGAGGUGCAGCUGUUUGUCAUGGAGAUGCGCAAGGCUGUCCGAGACUCCAAGAUCCGGCCAUACUAUCUCAUGACCAAUGUCUUUGGGCAGAAGCCCAAGGAAUAUGAGUAG